AUGGAUAUGAAAGUAUGGUAAAGGUGAUGUUGUCCUGCCAGCAACAACAGUGAAGUUACAAAGUUCAAUUUGCAAGACACCACAAAAAGGGCGAUCGCUUUUAAUGUUUGUCGGACAGUAUGGCUCAAUAUUCUCGUGUUUCAGGGUCUGUUGGAUUGAUUUCUCUCAAGAAUCCUCCUGUCAAUGCACUCAGUGCCGUGGUGAGGCAGGGCAUUGUUGACACGGUCCAGAGAGCACUCAGUGACCCAAAGGUGAAGUCUGUUGUCAUCUGUGGACAGAAUGGAAUAUUCUGUGGGGGAGCAGAUAUCAAGGAGUUUGGGACCACUAUGUCUGGGCCUCCACUGGUACCGAUGAUCCACGCCAUAGAGGCUGCUGACAAGCCAGUGGUGGCAGCCAUAGAGGGACUUGCUUUAGGUGGAGGUCUCGAGUUGGCGCUUGGCUGUCAUUAUCGGAUCGCACACUCCAAAGCCAGGCUGGGGCUUCCAGAGGUGAGUCUGGGUCUGUUGCCAGCUGCAGGGGGAACCCAGCGUUUGCCAAGGCUCAUCGGGGUCCCAGCUGCCUUAGACCUCAUCACCACAGGCCGACAUGUCACUGCUGCUGAGGCUCUGAAACUUGGAAUAGUGGAUCAGGUUACUGAUCAUAACACUGUGGACGCAGCUGUGAAGUUUGCCCUGAGUGUUAAAGAACAUUCGCUGAAUGCCCGUCGUAUAAGCAACAACCUGUGCCCUCCCCCUUCUGAUUUGGAUGCUCUGUUUGACGGGGCAAUGCAGAGAGUGCGUCAGACUGCCCAUGGUGCCGUAGCACCAGUUGCGUGUGUCCAGGCGGUGCGGGCAGCUGCUACCAUGCCCUACACACAGGGCAUGGAGCGGGAGAAAGAGCUGAUGGCCACUCUCUUCACCUCAGGCCAGGCGCGUGCUCUGCAGUACUGUUUCUUUGCUCAAAGAGCUGUUGGCAGGUGGAGCAUGCCCAGUGGAGCCCGCUGGGACACAAGCAAACCCAGGCCCAUCCAUAAAGCAGCUGUCAUUGGUCUUGGCACAAUGGGGAGAGGUAUAACAGUAGCCCUUGCUCAGACAGGGUUGUCUGUGGUCGCCGUGGAAACUCAGGAGAAGCAGCUGAUGGAGGCAAAGCAGGCAGUAUCAGGGAUGUUGGAGCGGGGGGCUAAGAGACGUGGGGUGGCUCCUGUGCUCGACCUUGUCUCUUACAACUGUAACCUCCAGGCUGUAGCAGAUGCUGACCUGGUCAUUGAGGCUGUGUUUGAGGACAUGGCCCUGAAGAAGAAGCUCUUCCAGCAGCUGUCUGCUGUUUGUAAACCAGGCACUUUGCUGUGCACCAACACAUCUGCACUAGACAUAGACCACCUGGCUUCUCAAACCCGCAAUCCAGAGCUGGUGGUUGGGAUGCACUUCUUUGCCCCGGCCCAUGUCAUGAAGCUGCUGGAAGUGGUGUAUGGAUCAUGCUCCUCUCCUCAAGCUGUAGCCACAGCCAUGCAGCUGGGAAAGAAAAUGGGCAAGGUCAGUGUGGCUGUUGGCAACUGCCGGGGGUUCGUGGGUAAUCGCAUGCUCAAGCCAUACAUGGAACACGCUUUCUUCCUGCUAGAGGAUGGCGCCACACCUGAGUUGGUAGAUCAAGUGCUAGAGGAGUUUGGUUUUGCCAUGGGUAUGUUCAGAAUGUCUGAUCUCUCUGGGCUUGACGUGGGCUGGAGAAUCAGGAAAGAAGAUGGUCUUGCUCAGCCUGGCAUGGCAUUAGGGCAGGCAGCCAGAGUCCGACAAGGCCGUCGAUACAGCCCCCUGGCAGACCUGCUCUGUGAGCAGGGACGGUUUGGCCAGAAAACAGGCAUGGGAUGGUACCAGUAUGACAAACCCGGCGGUCGGGCAUCCAGGCCUGACCCAUGGCUGCACAGCUUUCUGGAGGAGUACAGAGCCAGGCAUGGCCUGGUGGCUCGGCGCAUAGACCACCAGGAGGUGCUGGAGCGCUGCCUUUACACCCUGAUCAACGAAGGCUUCCGCAUCCUGGAGGACGGAAUAGCUGCAGGACCUGAAGACAUCGAUAUCAUCUAUGUCUUCGGCUAUGGCUGGCCCAGGCACAGGGGAGGUCCCAUGUUCUACGCUGGCAUGGUUGGGCUGGAGAGGGUCCUGGAGAGGCUGGAGCACUACCACCAGGCUCAUCCUGACGUGCCCUAUCUGCAGCCCUGCAACCUGCUCAGGAGGCUGGUGGCCAGUGGGAGCCCACCUAUCCACAGGUGGAGGGAAGUCAUCAAGAAAGUCCACAGCCAGCUUUAAAACAUUUCAGCUUUAAUCUCUUAAUACACUUCGAUAACGAUGAUCUCAUUCUGGGAUAAACAGUAAAUAGAUGGCACUUAAAUUGAGCUUUUCAACCUAUUUAUUGUGAUUAUUGGUGAUACUAAAGAAGGCUGCUGUGCUCCUGUGAUUAACAAUCCUAAUAUCUUGCCAUAUGCCACAUGUGCCUACACUGAGUUGUCUGUUUAUCAGGUGCAGCUGAACAAUCUUGUGUAAUCCAAAACAGCAGCCCUGCAAUAAAUCACAUGUUUGUGAAGCUUAUAAAGUUGAUUCCCUUGUAUAUGUGAACAUGGUGAAGAAAAUGCUGGAAACACAUAUUAAUAAACUGCAGUUCAGUAUAACACAAACCACUAAAAACUCUGUCCUCAAAAAUGACCAAGCCAAAUAAACAAUAAACACCUCUCUGACUGUCUCAAUAAAACUAAACAUAUACACUACCGGUCAAAAGUAUUAGAACACCCCAAUUUUUCCAGUUUUUUAUUGAAAAAAUGUUUUCAAGCAUAACAACUUGGUAUUCUACAGCAUUAUCUUGCUGUAGGAUGAACCCCUGACCAACUACGUGCAUACCAGAGGGUACUGCAUGGCGCUGCAGAAUGCUGUGGUAGCCGACCCUGGAUCCAGAAAAACAGCCCCAGACCAUCAUGCUUCCUCCUCCAUAUUUGACAGUUAAUGUCACACACUGAGGAACCAUCCUUUCACCUGCUCGACGGGAAACAAAACUCCUGCGUGAUGAACAGAAUAUUUUAAAUUUUGAUUAAUUGGUCCAUAACACCUUCCAGUCUUCAGUAGUCCAUUGGUGGUGUUUCAUGGCCCAGGCAAGCCUCUUCUUAUUCUGACGUUUAGAAAUGGCUUUCUUGCUGCAACUCGAAGUCUUCUCUUCACAGUUGAAACUGAGACUUGCUUACUACGACCACUAUUAAGCUGUGCAGAGUUUCCUCCAGUUUCUGAGUGCUUUUCGAUGGUGAAGGAAACUGUACUCACUGACACCUUGACUUUCUUCGCAAUGUCUCUGUAGGAAAGACCUACAUUUUUUAUGUUUUUGUAUAAUUUUCGGUUUUGGGUAACCUUACCUUUUUUUUAACCUCUGGCAGUUCACCACUUACCUUUGUACCAUUUCAAGCUAUUCAUUGGACUUGAACUGCUUGAAUUUCAAUAAAAACAUUGACAAAUUGGGGUGUUCUAAAACUUUUGCCCAGUAGUGUAUGAUCCACAAAAAAAAACCCAAAAAACAUUCUAGCAAAAAUGAUGACCGUUCAUCAAUUCCAGCUCUUUCUGCUUUUCUGUGUUUUAUAUAAUUGUAAAUGAAAUGUUUUUGGGUUUUGGUUUGUUGAUUGGACAAAACAAGGCAUUCGAAGAUGUCAUCUUGCACUUUGGAAAAGUGUAACAAAUAUUCUUCACAGUUUUCUGAUUUAUAGACCAAACAAGAAAUUGAUUGACUUGUUAGUUGCAGCCCUAAUUGCAGAGCUGUUAUAUUGGAUUGCAUUCAAAGGUAAAGAUGUACCUCAUACAUAUUAACACUUUGUAAAAUAGAAAAAAUAAAAUCUGUUUGGGUGUAUGACUGAAAAACACUGAUGGGGCGAAUUUAAUCUCGUGUAGUAGACUUCUAUAAACAUGUCUGACCACAAUUGCCUGCAUGUCGAAGACGUCUGAUCCCCUAAUAAGCUCAUUAAAGUUGAAAUAAAUACUUCAUAAUGAAUUUGAAUAUACUUUUGUAUAUCAUGUAAUAUCAUAUCUUUCAUUCACUGCUUCAAUAAAGCUGUUAUAUACUCA